UGGUUUUGUGGGGCGCAGCUGGGCAAUGCUGUUUGCCAGUGUCGGGUAUGAAGUGUCCAUGUUUGACCUCAAGCCACAGCAGGUGAGUCAUGUGGGUGGGAAGCCAUAUAUUUUCAAAGAUUUCUCUCUGUGUUGACAGUGGUUUUGUGGGGCGCAGCUGGGCAAUGCUGUUUGCCAGUGUCGGGUAUGAAGUGUCCAUGUUUGACCUCAAGCCACAGCAGGUAACGGCAGCUCUUAGUGACAUUGGCGUCCAGUUAAAGAACCUGGAAAAAUCUGGACUUCUGCGCGGCAAGCUCAGUCGCAGCGAUCAGUUCAAAUGCAUCAAAGGUGCUAGCAGCCUGAAGGAGUGUAUCAAGGGAGCCAAACAUAUACAGGAAUGUGUCUUUGAAGAUUUGGAACUUAAGAAAAAGGUCUUCAAGGAAAUGGACCAGUUGGUAGAGCCUGAAACUGUGUUGUCUUCCUCCACUUCAUGUAUUCUUCCUUCCAAGAUCUCAGCAGACCUCACCCACAGAACUAACUUUAUUGUCUCCCAUCCUGUCAAUCCUCCAUACUAUGUACCUGCUGUGGAGUUGGUGCCAGCUCCAUGGACCUCCAAAGAUGUGAUGGCACGCACACAGGCACUCAUGGUGGAGAUUGGACAAUCUCCUGUGGUCUUCACAAGAGAGAUCAGUGGCUUUGGGAUCAACAGAAUACAGUAUGCCAUUCUGAAAGAGUGUGCUCACCUUGUGAAUAGUGGCGUGGUGAGUGCCGAGGGUGUGGAUGUGAUCAUGAAGCAUGGGCUGGGCUGCCGCUAUGCUUGGAUGGGGCCUCUAGAGACAGCACUUCUCAAUGCUAAUGGUAUGAAUGAUUACUUGGAACGGUACGGUAAUUCCUUAGACUUUGUGACGAGCACCUUCCCGGACACGGUGUCGUUCCAGCCUGAAGACUGCACUGAACUCAUCGACCAGGUGGACAAGAUGGUGCCCUUGGAUCAGUUGCAGGCUCGGCGAGAAUGGCGGGACAAGAGACUCGCCGCCCUGGCUAAGCUGAAAAAGGACAUGGAGGAAGACUAAAACGAUCCGAUGUUCAGUAAAGUCUCACCACAGCUUACGUCCGCGGCUACAGGUACUUACCGGAAACCCUUAGCUGAAAGUUGCUGGACGCCUUGUGUGCUGUGUGCUUGGAGAGGCGCCGCUUGUUACCUGUGCUGCAUGAGAGAUUAUGGUUUGAAUGCUCCUGGUGUAUAUAUAUAUAAAUUGCAUGGUACAAUACAUGAUUUAUUGCAUCAUUCCAAUGAAUUGUUGAUUUGAUAGUAGUAGUUGUGGUGGGGGUGGUAGAGGGGUCUGCAUGUGUAGGCCUUGCAAUAAACAUGAACUGGG